UUAUUUUUUGCCCCUUCCACUCAGGUUUGGAAUCAUGACUUCUUCUGGGAAUCCAUGCAGCCAGGUGGGGGUAAUAUGCCCACACUAGGUCUCCUUCAACAGAUUGAAAAGGAUUUCGGAUCAUUUAUAAAUUUUAGAGAGAAAUUUAUAGGAGCUGCCCUAACAUUAUUUGGUUCUGGUUGGGUUUGGCUAGUUUUGAAGAGAGAAGAGAAACGGCUAGCCAUAGUCAAAACUUCAAAUGCCAUUUGCCCAAUUGUGUGGGAUGACAUACCAAUUAUCAAUUUGGAUUUGUGGGAGCAUGCAUACUAUCUGGAUUACAGGGUAUGUAACCAUCAUAGAUCAUUGGUUAUUUUCAAAUACUUAGGUACAAUACCAUGAGUAUUGUUCUUCAAUCAGAAUUGGAGUUUUAUGGUAAUAUGCAUUCAUAUUUAAUACAGAUCUUGAUAAUAUACAUUUGCUCAUCUUACCUAGGUGAAACUCUAAUUCUAAUUGAAAAAUAGUAUCAAUAAUAUUUAUAAUAUUGUACCCAAUUUUUCUCCUUUCUAAAAAGG